GUAUUCUUCGACCAUUCAAUGGAAUUUAGAUUGGAUGGCUAGAUAAUCCUACGAAUGAAUGUUGAACAAAUUCACUUUGCAAACACCAGCAUGCCCAUUUGGGCAUUAACAAAUGGGGUUGCAGACUUGAUAAGAGAAUUCAGGCUGGAUAACAGAGAUGAACUCACUUUCACCCUUGACUUGGAACAUGAAAUAUUUCAUGUGACAUUGUGCGACUCCAAACAGAACCCAAGAAGAUUCAACCGUGGUGCACCAAUUCCUCCACCAGUUGCUCCACCAUUUACUGCACCAGUUGCUCCACCAAUUGCUGAACCAGUUGCACCACCACCAGUUGCUCUGGCACUACUUGAUCCACCUGUUGCUCCAGCACCACUUCCUCCACCACCAGAACCACCACUUCCACCACAACCACCAAACAUCCCAAGAUUUGAGUUCAUCUACAACCGGAACACAUAUUACAAAGUGACAGUGUCAAGGCCAUUCUACAAUAAUUACUUGGUUGGUUUAAAUGAGGUGAAUGUUCAGUUCGUAGGUGCAAUGGCAAUGUUGCCUGUACAAAUACACAUAAGGCGCCCGAUCUCUCCAAUAGUUGAACUCAUCAAAGGCUGGAAAGAAAUCACACGGUGCAGCAAUUUAGUUCGUGGCACAAGGUACAAAGCUUUCUUUGAUGCACAAAGAACAACCAUUCUGUUUAGAGAGAUAUGA